CCGAGUGUGACAGUUUAAGACUUGCUGGACUAGUACAGUUUUUAAAAAAACACACAUACACACACACACAUCUGAGCAAACAGACAUGUGUGGCAUGGCGCAGGAAGUGGUGAUGAAACAACAAAAGGCAGAAAAGCAGAAGCUGUCUGGCAUAGCAGAGACACACAGAAAGAAACAGCAAAAUUCCUCUUUGACAAUCAUGAGCAACUACAGCAAUAUCUGCUCAACCAUAGAUGUGGACGAACAAAUGAAAUACUUGGAGCUGAUUAUAUACAUUCCCAUAUUCAUAGUGGGGAUGUUUCUUAAUGUGGCGGCCCUGGUGGUUUAUUGCCUGUGCUUCCGAAAGUGGACUGAGUCAACCAUCUACAUGACCAGCUUGGCUCUAAUGGACCUCCUCCUCCUCUUGCCUCUACCCUUCAAAAUGCACGCUGCAUAUCAGACGUGGUCACACGAAUUCCAACACGCUUGUUCAUUUCUGGAAAAUCUUUAUUUUGUCGGAACAUACGGCGGUAUCUACAUGAUCAUGUGCAUAGGUGUUGAUAGGUGGCUGGCAAUAUGUCACCCAUUCAAAGCCAAGCAGCUGCGCUCCCCCAAGGCGGCUCUCAUUACCUGUGUGGGGGUCUGGGUUCUGGUAUUUACUGCCAUCUUUCCAGUCACCUUCAACUUAAGGACAAAAGUUGAUGAAGAGUUCCACUGCUUCCAUCGAUUUUCAGAAAAUGGCUGGAGCCCCAAAGUGAUCAUCUGCUUGCAAAUAUUUGGUUUCCUGGGGCCUGCGCUCACGUUGGUUUGCUGUUCCGUUCAAAUCAUCUGGACCCUCCAGGAGUCCGGCCAGCGGAGCACCAAGAGCCAGGCCUGCGUGAAGAUCAUCUACAGCGGCCUGUGCGCUUUCUUGGUGCCGUUCACUCCGAGCCACCUGGCCAUCUUACUGCAGUUCCUGGUACACCAGAAAAUGAUUGAGGACUGCGACUCCGUGAAAAGUAUAAGCAUGUUUUUGCAGACGGCCAUGUGUCUGUCCAACAUCACCUGUUGCUUGGAUGGCCUGUGCUACUACUUCAUAGCUGACGAGGUGAAAAGCACGAGAAACAACUUCAGGAUGUCCAGACUGAGCCAGAGGAGAGCAAACUCCAGCACUUCAGAGUUCUGAAAGGUUGAGAACAACAGCUAAAGAUAGGACUUGUAUGUCACGACCUGGGUCGUUGUUUUGUUAUUGUUUUUUUUUUUGUUUUGUUUUGUUUGUUGUUGUUUUUUUGAGCUGGGCAGUAAAAAAAACCUGAGCUCUUGAAAAAGUUUGGCAGACAGUUGAAGCAACUGUCAACCUGCAAUGAUAAUUAAGCACCCAGCAGGAGCAGUAAGCUACCUGACGCAUCUGUAACCUCAAAGAGCGCCAAUAACCAAGGUACAGGCAGCAAAAAAAAAAAAAAAAAAAAAAAAAAAUUCCACUACAGAUGACAAGAGUUUUUUUUUUGUUUUUUUUUUAAGAGAUGGCUGAGAAAACUUUCUGCUUUCUCACUUCCUGAUGAGAAACUGACUUGUGGUAUGAUUCAUUUUAAAUCUGGCACUGGUGGCUCAUUGCAGAGCUUUGUUGUUUUGAUUCUCAAGAACAGCGGUCAAAAAAAAAGAAAAGAAAAAAGGAACAAAAUGUCUUAAAAACAUGACCAAACAAUCACACUUGAUAAAUAUCAAAAAAUAUUAUUUCAUUUGAUAUGCUUACUAAACGUUUGGCUGGCUGUCUAAAUGAAUACAUGUCCCAUAAAAAGAAACAAAUAAUUCAAGUGGGAAAGCUCCUGCUUGAUAUUUUAAAGAAAUAACUGUAGAUUUUAUUUAUUUAAUCUUUUUUGUAAAUGAAUAAGUGUCGAAGGCACACUAAACAUUUAUUGAUGCUAGCUGGUUACCAACAUUAACCCUUUAACAGUUAAAACAUUUUUGACUUUAUUUUUAUUUUUUAUUUUUGCUCAUUCUGUAUAUAACAAAUGGUUUAAGUAGUAUGACUGAUUUGUAGAAGAAAUAGCUGUGAAACUGAGCCUGAAAUAAUAGAGAGCAUUGUGUUGGGAUUACAAAAAUAUUCUUAAAUGUUUGUUUGUUCGGAAUAAAUUUUAACAGAAAGCUUUGUUUCUGUUUCAAUAAUGAAAUUACGGUAAGAAAUUCAGUAAUGUUUUCAUUUUUUUUUUUAUUAAUCCAUCAGCUUAGUGAAUUUUAUACAUUACUUGUUGGUAGUUGUAAAAUUAAUAUGUACAUAUGUUAAAAUAAUUUACUUUACUUGGCACUUUUUAAUUUCAGGCUUUUAAAGUUUUUAAUUAAAUAGCUAAAAACAAUUUGUUCAUAGCAGUCAGUCUUCUGUGUGAGCUACCGGAUGAUGGUUUACGGGUCGGUUUCAUAA